AUGCCUAGUAAUAAAUCCCAAACAGGAGAACCGACUUACCACUACACGGCGGAGGACCAGGCCGAAAUCAACCAAAUCGACGACUGGGACUGGGAGAUAUGUGAUCUCGAGCGGGGAUGGCUUGGACCAACAGAGAGGAUUGAAGAACAUUUCCACCGGCUUCUCAUAUCGAUGGGCUAUGCGGCUCAACGUAUGCCCAGUUUGAAAAGCCUGAGAUUUGAAAUCCAGAGUGAAAACGAGUUUAUUCUUUAUUUCCGGAAUACCGCCGACGGGAUUACCCUUGGGUGGGAGUGUUAUCCGGAAUAUCAGCCAGAUGAGCGGGUUGCCAAGGCCUGGAAUAUUGACCCGGAUGACCCGAAGGUUGACUUUGCUUACCAGUAUGACGCUUCUGUGGCACUGAAGAGCUGGCCGCCCGAACCACAUUCCUAG